AUGACUUCCAAACCCGAUCCGCCAUCUUCACUUUUUGACCCGUCCAUCUGUCCACACUGUCUCCGAAACACCAAACUGCCGCGACAGGGCAAUGGCCAGGCUCUUCCCGUUUCGAUACCAAAUGCUCACAUCGAUUUCGCCGACUUCAAAAACAGAGUGAAUGCAGCACUGAAAUCAGAGGCCGAACAAGACCACCAUUAUCAAGAAGUGAAGGUGUUACUGCUCAACUGGGAAGACAACGACAUAGGCUUAAAGCCUUCUGGAACAGGCUCUUACAUCCUUGAUGAGACCCGCCAGUUGAUGGAGAUGUUCAAGAACACCUAUCACUACGAUGCCAAAUACUACUUGAUUCCCUCCAACGACCCACAACAGGAACUCGCGCAGAUACUUGUUGACAACGUAACGGACCUGACUAGGAAGCAUCGAGCGGGCAAAAAAGUUCUUUUCAUUGUGUAUUACAACGGUCAUGGCGUUUACAACAAGGGCAAGCUGAUUUGGUCAGCUCGCGGCACAAUUGAUUCGCAAUCUCCGGCGCUGUCUUGGUACGACCUCCAAACUCAGCUGGAAAAAGCCAGGUUUGACGUUCUACUGGUUUUGGAUUGUUGCAACGCUGCCGGUGCCAUCACAAGUGAAAGUAAGGAGGGUGCAAUGGAAGUACUUGCGGCGUGUGGUCGCGAAAGCAUUGCUCUCGGCCCAGACGUUGGCUCCAUUUCUGGUUCGCCCUUUACACAUUCCUUGACCCGACAUUUGCACGAACAAGCAUCGGAUCCCGAUGGAUUGCUUACGUCAAAGCUGUAUUAUCUACUUCAACUGGACCCUAUCCUCGAUAACCAGUCUCCAAAUUACUUUCCAUUUGAUCAUCACCGCGGUCCGAUCGUGUUGCGGCCGCUACUCUCGGAUGCUGAAACGGCUCAAAUCUCAAAGCGACAACAAGACACGAGGGCCGGCCCUGUAGCAAAAGUCCUUAUUUCAGUGUCUUUUUACGGAGAUGUUUUACCAGAUGCUCAAAAAUUUGUCGAGUUGUUCAAUGCACAACGCCUCAGGAACUAUCCAACAUAG